AUGAUGUACAACACCCUUGAUGUCAGGGCAGUGGAGAAUUCCAACGCACGCGGCUCAAGCGAGUAUCCAUUCGAAACUGACCCUCCCAGCCAAAACGCCGUGAAGUCCAAGUGCAAAUCCAGGCGAAUCCGGACAGCCUUCACACUGGAGCAGCUGCGUGUGCUGGAACACAGCUUCCGCUCCAGCCACUAUCUGUCUGUGUUGGAACGCUACGGCAUCGCCGCUGCCCUCCGCCUCUCCGAAACACAGGUCAAGAUCUGGUUUCAGAACCGCCGCACCAAAUGGAAGAAAGAGCGCGAGGGGAAAGCGGACGCCGAACAGUUCCCAAGUGAACACUCGUACCCCUCUCCUCCCGGCUGCUCGAAGACUUUCCCAUGCACUCCUCUGCAUUACUACAAGACAAUGCCUCUCUAUCCGCAACCAGCUUUCGUGCCUUCCCAAUUUCAUUACCAGAUGUACUGA